AUGGCUAGAUUCUGUUGUCUAGAAAGUGAAGAUGCGGUCCCCAGUGGACCGUUUAAGCUUGCCAAUGGAUUUAGGUCUCAUACAGAAUACCGGCUUUCUGGGCGGUAA